AUGGUGAUGUUUCGUAUCUUAUGCUGUUUCAUCAGCUGCACCAAGAUAAGACCGUCGUCGCCUCCGCCACAAGUGGUUGAAACGGGCAAGAAAAUUUCACCGUCUCCUCCUCCACCACAAGUGGCCAAGACGGAGAAGAAAAAGCCACAGCCGCCUCCACAGCCGCCAGUAGUAAAAAAGGCUCCAGGUCGUCGCAAACGCUACGGUAAAGACAUCGGUGGUAUCGGAGGUUGCGGUGGUGGAUGUGGCGGCGGCGGUUGUUAA